GAAAACUGAUUCCGGGAGAAUAAGGACAACGGGUGUUGACGGCACCCCAGUCGGCAGGGCUUCCUUUCCAUUUGUCCGACCAAAACUCCCCCGCCAAAUUGCACCGUCUCUAUCGCCGUCAAUUAACGGUUAAACCCUAAACCCCACCACUCCCAAAACCUUCCCUCGGUAUUUUCUGGUGAAGGCUGCAACCCCUUCCUCUCCCCUCUCCUCUCGAUCCCACGGUUACUUAAACCUCUCCUUCCCCCACCUUCUCUCUCUCUCUCUCUCUCUCGGAAAAUAAAAAGGGGAAAAAGAAAAGAAAAGAAAAGAAAAGAAAAGAAGUAAUGGUGGAGAUGAGGAUCAUCAUCGCUACCCAAGGCCCCUCCUCUUCCUUUGGAUUCCAGGAAGCUUAUCCGAAAAGCAGAAGUGUUUCCCACCUGUAUUCGGAGGGUUUCGGGAGAUUCUUGGGUUAGGGUUAGAUAUAGUUUUCCUUUAGCGGUUUUGAUGUACCCUUUUCCCCGAAGAUAGGUUGGAGAUUGAGAAGAUUUAUGGUUUAUUUUGUUCUUCUCUACUUCCUGAAUUCUGUGCUCUCUCUGUUUGUCACUGUCUCCUAAAUUAUUAAUUUUGUUGGUUUAUUGAGAAUGGGUAGCGAUGUAUUUAUUUGAUGUAAUAAAUCUAGGGUUCCAUGGAUAGGGCUUUUGUGGGAUCUGUAAGAUGGUAGUGAUUAUGAGGUUUAUUUGGUUGUUGUUUGACUCUUUUUGGGAUGAACGCAACCCACCAGCAUCAAAAUCCCCAAGCUUAAGAGAGAUGAGCUGAAAUGGGAGAUUCUCUCCGCACUGCCCUGUCUAUGGAGAAUCAUCACCCAUCCACGCUCUUAUCCAUGGACUCGAGUGCUUCCUCGCACGACGAAUUGGACCUAGAAAUGAAUCGCCAAGGAAACCUUUCCCGACCGCCUGAUAUUAAUUUACCCCUGUCGGCAGAGCGUAGCCCGCCGUCAACAGCAUGGAAUUCAGACCAGUGUGAUAUCCUGGAUGUUGGGCUUGCUCCCCAAGUUUACGAAACUGAGAGUUUUCUCAAUAUCCCAAAGGUGGGACGAAAAUGCGCCAAGCGGGUGGAUAGUAUCUGGGGUGCUUGGUUUUUCUUUAGCUUCUACUUUAAGCCUGCUUUGAAUGAGAAUUCAAAGGCGAAGAUCACAAGGGAUAGUAAUGGAGUUUCUGGGUUUGAUAAAUCAGAUCUCAAGCUUGAUGUUUUCCUGGUUCAGCAUGACAUGGAGAACAUGUACAUGUGGGUGUUCAAGGAAAGGCCUGAGAAUGCACUCGGUAAGAUGCAGCUGAGGAGUUACAUGAAUGGGCAUUCUAGACAAGGGGAGCACCCUUUUCCAUUUAGUGCCGAGAAGGGCUUUGUUCGAUCUCACAGAAUGCAACGGAAACAUUACAGGGGACUCUCAAACCCCCAGUGUGUGCACGGGAUUGAGAUUGUUGCUUCCCCGAAUCUAAUGGUUCUUGAUGAAGAAGAGAGGAAAAGGUGGAUGGAGCUCACAGGUAGGGAUUCUAGCUUUACAAUACCAACUGAAGCAAGUGAUUUUAGUUCAUGGAGAAAUCUUCCGAACACUGAUUUCGAGCUGGAGAGGCCGCCUCCCCCACUGAAAAGCAACUCGAAUUCCCACUCCAAGAAAUUACUGAAUGGGUCUGGACUUAAUUUGUCAACUCAGCCAUCUAACCAUAGCAAUGGUGAUGGGUUGGACCUAUCUCCUGUAGGCAGCAAGAGGAAGAAGGACUUUUUCCCACAUGGGAAUGAUGAUCAUUGUUAUUUGGCUGUGAAUCCUCCUCCAGAUCGUGUUCCUGAUUUGGAAACUCAUCCAAGCGAACCACAGUGGUUGAGUGACUUUACUGGGGUUAUGAAGAAUGCCUAUGGCCCUGUCACGGCAGCAAAAACAAUCUAUGAGGAUGAAAAAGGUUAUUUGAUCGUUAUCAGCUUGCCAUUUGUGGAUCUUCAGAGGGUGAAAGUUUCCUGGAGGAAUACCCUGACUCGAGGGAUCAUAAAGGUGUCUUGUGUUAGCACUUCACGCAUGCCAUUCAUCAAGAGGCAGGAUAGAACUUUCAAGCUUGCAGAUUCAUCUUCGGAGCAUUGUCCCCCGGGGGAGUUCAUUAGAGAAAUCCCACUUUCAACCCGAAUUCCUGAAGAUGCUAAUAUAGAAGCAUAUUAUGGUGGGUCAGGAUCAGUGCUAGAGAUUCUGGUACCCAAGCUUCGUGUGGGACCAGAAGAGCAUGAAGUUCGUGUUUGCCUUCGCCCUCAUCUUGGAGUCAAUGAGCUUAUGUUGACUUGAGAGACAUUAUUCAGGAAUGCAGGGAUGGUUUCCAUUGUAGGGUGCUUCAUUGUUCACUAACUUUGUACCGUACAGUGUAUUUUAUAGAAGCAAUGUUUCUCACAUUUAUCUUGUGCAAUUUUUGCUCACUGAUUGCUGUAGUUUUUGUUCCCAUGCAUCUAAUUGACUUUAUGUUGUAAUAAACUCCACAUUUAUUAACUUAAAUUUCUAUUGCUUA